CUGCACUCGGACUCGGGCCGCCCCGCCGCUUUGUUGUCACUCACGAUUUGUUUCGGGAAGUGAGGGCGACAUGGUCUACGAGGAGCUCGAGCGGCGCCUCAACGACGGCGGGUACAUGAACUGGGUGAAAGCCGGACAGUGCCUGUCGCUGCUGAGGGAUGGCCUGCUGCCCUUCACCACCCAGCACGCGAGAGCUUUCCACGGGGACCUGCUCAACCACAACACGCAGCUGAAGAAACCGUGCCAGACGUCCGCGUGCAAACCUGAAGGGAACAAGGUAAUCCGUUUCAGGAACGAGUUGAUGCAUUCCUGUAAGUUGCAUGUUGGUGAUGAUUGGAUGAGACACUUCAGCACCAGUCUGACGAAGCUUUUGCAGCAGCUAGGGGGCGUACCACAGAUCGCAACAGCUGGAAAGCACAUCAAGGAGAUGCUGAGCGUUGAUUUGUCAAUAUACGUCUCUGGCUUGGACAGAAUGGAUUCCGCCGCCCUGGAUGGAUUAGAAUCCGAUUCAGUCCUCCAUUGGGAGAUCAGCCCUGUCUUGAUUGGCCAAUGGGAGGUUCAGUUGCUUCAAGAGAGCCUGCAAGAGUCUCUGCACGCUGCAGACGAUGAUGCGAAGCCAAAGGACCCGGAGCAGCUGAAGAGGCUGGGCGGUUUCCUGCAGGCCAACAGAGAUCUGGGCCUGAGGUUUUCAGCAGAGCUCCAAGCCAUCAACUCUUUGCAUGCCAGUGAAUAAUACAGGGGAAGAUAUGAAAGGGAGAAGGAGCACCAUAUUGUGCAUUAUGUCUUAUAUUUACUUCUUGAAAUAGGUUGAGGUCAAAUGUAAAACAGAGAGGGAUUUGUGAUGUAUACUAUGCAUGUCAAGGGUGUCAUUGCAAAGGUGAAUUUUAAAAAAUGCCAAAUCGCUUUUUGACUUGUUACUGAUUGGAUGAUCGUGAAUCUCUCACGACUAUAAUCUGCGCGUUGAUGUGUGAGUGUCUCAGUGUGUGAAAGUAUUUCAAUAGUUGAGUACCUAAACGGGCCCUCGUAGAGAGCGCUGUCCAUGGACGGAUCUUGGCAACAUGGUAGCUCAAGAAAUUAAGGCUAAAGAUGAAAAAUAACUGUAGGACAUGCUUUUAUAAGACAUAGAAUGUUUGUGUUUAUUUUUGGGUGCACACAGGGAUGUAGUAGGAAAUUGAAUUAAAGGUAAUGCAAGAUUGCUAUUGGUGUGCACUACCAGUUGUGACUGACCAAAACCACUUUUUUUUUUUAAUUCUUUAUCUUUUAUUAGUGAUUAGUCAUUCAUUCAUUCAUUAAGUGUACAAUAACAUGAGAAUUAAAGAGAACUGUGUUACUCAGAAUAAGACAAACUUCCAAUCUUAACAGUUGUGUACAGGCACUCAAUCAGACAGGUUAACAUGCACUACAACUUGACGGCAGAAGCCACUCAACAAGAACUACAGAAGCUGGGCUCAUGGGAAAUUAUUGAAAUGAUGAUGCAUUGGUGAGCAUUCAUCCUGUUUUUGAUUUUUCACUCUGUCUUUCCAUGCGCACAUACCUCCAUCUUUCUGGUGCAUCCUUCUGGAUUACGUUAUGCCAGAAAAUGUCUUAAUUUUAACUUUGAGAGGGCUGCUAUUGUCUCAUAUUUUCAGAACGGACAUGAAAUAAAAAGAAAUUAGAGGUAUUUUCUCAAAACGUGGCUCUCGGACACUAAAGGAUCCAGUG